AUGGAUGUAUUACUGUUUUUAAAUCCUUUCCCAAUCCCCGAUCCAAUUCCAACACCUUCUUCAAAGAAAAAGAAACAUUUAAAACCAAGAGAUAAUUCACUUACUAGAUUUGAUGCUAGAUGGAAAAAAUCACGAACUAAAUUCAAAACUAAAUUGAAAACUAAAUUAAUAUCUAAAUUGAAUGCCACAACAAAUGGAUCAAAGUCAGGGUUAACAGAUACGACAAAGAAAGAUAAACACAAACAUGAAGAGAAAGAUGGAGAUGAAAAAAAACAUAGUGGUAGUCGUGGUGGUCGUGGUGGUGGUGGUGGUAAUUCUAAACCUACUAUUUCACCAACAUUUAUAAAAUUGACAAAUUUUAUUAAAUAUUUAACCAUAAUUAUAAUCAUCAUGAUAUUAUUAAUUUAUUUAUAUUCAAUAUCAUUAGAAUUAAUCGGUGUAUUUGAAUCAAUAACAAGAAAUUAUUCAGGCCAGGGUGGUGGUAGCAGUAGAUAUAAUGGCUUUUUUGCGUCAAGUAAGAAUGAUCUUAAUAAUAAUAAUAAUAAUAAUUUUUAUUCUAAAAUUCAUGAAUUUACUCAAUCAUAUACAGAUAGUAUUCCUAUUAUUAGUAGUAAUAGUAAUAGUAACGGUAAUGGUAACGAUAAUGGUAAUGGUAAUGAUAAGAAUAAUGAUCAUAGAGUUAUGAUUUAUCUUAAUUAA